UUGUUGUUGUAGCUCACUUCACAACCGCUUUCCACUUUUAUCCCCGUUAAACUAAUAAUCCGCGAGAGAUAAUAUUCAACAGCGAGGGGAGUUGGGAAAGAAGAAACUGCCUUUCAACGGCAAUCCACCUAUGACUGUACAUAAAGUCCUCUAGAAGAGUCGUGGAUACACUGAAGCGCUCCAAAGACGUGGUGAAAUACUACACGGGAACAAAUAUAAAAAAGCACGGAGCGCAGGUUUUCCUGCAGAGAUCAGCGGCGCUGGGAUAUAAACAUGGAUGACGGGCAGCAGCGAUGGCUUUGAAGAAUUAAGGCCGAAUUGCUUGUCGAUUGUUUUUCUUUGUGCAAGGCGAAUUGUUUUAAACCUACGUUUAUGUUAUUGCUUUUGAGACGUGACGUGCCAUUGUCUGUUCAUUUUGGGGAGGAAGUUGUCAAGAUGGCUCCUGGUUCGCUAGCCACGCUAGCCCCUACUGGGCCCAACAUCUCCUGGCUCCCAGAAGCUCCUCUGCUCACUCCAGAGCAGCCCAUUUUCCUCAUGACAACUACAGCCCAGGCAGUGUCAGGCAUCUUCGUGUGGACGGCACUUCUACUCACCUGCCACCAGAUCUACAUGCAUUUGCGUUACUACAGAUCUCCCAAGGAGCAGAGGCACAUAGUGCGCAUCCUUUUCAUCGUACCCAUCUACGCCUUUGACUCCUGGCUCAGCCUUCUCUUCUUUACCAAUGACCAGUACUAUGUGUACUUCGACACAGUCAGGGAUUGCUAUGAGGCAUUUGUGAUCUAUAACUUCUUGAGCUUGUGUUAUGAAUACCUUGGAGGAGAGAGCGCUAUCAUGGCUGAGAUCAGAGGAAAACCUAUUGAGUCCAGCUGUUUAUAUGGAACAUGUUGUCUUUGGGGCAAGAUCUACUCCAUUGGCUUCCUUCGAUUUUGCAAACAGGCCACUUUACAGUUCUGUGUCGUAAAACCCCUGAUGGCCAUGAUUACGGUCAUCCUGCAGGCCUUUGGGAAAUACCGUGAUGGGGAUUUCAACGUCGCUAGUGGUUACCUGUACGUGACCAUCGUCUACAACAUUUCAGUCAGCCUGUCUCUCUACGCUCUUUUCCUGUUCUACUUCGCCACCCGAGACCUCCUCAGCCCCUACAGGCCAAUGCUCAAGUUCUUGGUGGUCAAAUCGGUCAUCUUCCUCUCCUUCUGGCAAGGCAUGCUGCUGGCCAUCUUGGAGAAAUUUGGUGCGAUUCCUCAGAUCAGCUCUCCUGAGGUUUCUGUCGGUGAGGGAACCGUUGCAGCUGGAUACCAGAACUUCAUCAUUUGCAUCGAGAUGUUCUUUGCCGCCUUGGCCCUGCGACAUGCGUUUACCUACAAGGUCUACAUUGACAAAAGACUGGAUUCCCUUGACCCUGUUCCUACAUACGGACAGUACGGCCACUGUUCCCCUAUGAAGAGCAUCUCCAGCAGCUUGAAGGAGACCAUGAACCCUGGAGAUAUGGUUCAGGAUGCCAUCCACAAUUUCUCGCCAGCCUACCAACAAUACACCCAACAGUCCACCCUGGAGCAGGGGGUCACCGCGCCACCCAUAUCCCGCAAUCACAGCUGCAUGAGCGCCCGGGACAAUGAGAAAACCCUGCUGCUUAGCUCCGAUGAUGAGUUUUAACUCGCUCACCUGUCGACCUGAGCAGAGGUACUCCGUAAGGCACCGUUUACUGCUGUAGUAGAAGAAUGAUGAGGUUAUGUUAACAUAGGAACAGGUUAUUAAAGGACCAUCUUAAGCAAGUAGUUGCGUUCAAGUGCAGUAGAAUAUGAAAUUAAGCCGCUUAUACUUGCUUAGUUGUUGAAACAGUCUUUAAAGAGCAAUCUUGAUGUGCUUUUAUCUGAUUAUGUUGAAUGAGUUGAAUACAUUCGUCUGUACGUUUAGCCAAAUUUUGAAAACCCACAUGUUCUGACACUUCAGCAUUUGACAUAAUGUAUUUUUGUCUACGCUUGUAGUUUUAUAUAGGGGGUGUUUGGACAUCCCAGCAUAUUUAUAAAGAGCGGCGUAUUGGAGGGCCCGCAUUCGGUGGGAAUGUUUCCGUUUUUGAUUUACAGUUUCCAGUACACCUUUCCUUCCAUUUCAAAAGUGUUUAUAGCUUCCCCAGAGAUUUAAAGGGCGGGUACUGCAGUGAAUGAAAGAGCGCACUGACGUUAGAGAGAAUACCAGCUGUUCAAAUA